UCUCAUUGUUUUUCCAUCUCUUCCUUCUAAAUUUCUUUCCUUUCUCUUUCGUCCUCUGCAUUUCUUCCCUCUCUUAGAGCAUAUUUCUUGUUAGGCAUCCUUAUCUGCUCUAUCAUCCAUUCGGCACCCCAUUUCACAUUCCUAACCACUCCACCCUAAACCUGCCAUUCUUUUUGGAUACCAAGUCAAUAAAAAUUUUCUGAAGGACUAGAAGCUUUCGUAGAACGCUUGCUUUUUCCUUACAUAUUGAGAAAAAUCGACUGGCUUCAUUCGACCUGCAUUCAAAGGAAUUCUACUUAGAAUUGAUGAGAAGAGUUCAUUAAAGGAAGCAAAUACUCUUUCAGUGGAGAUUGUGUUGUGAAAUAUUCACUCGGAAUCAUGGAUGGGCAAGAGAAUAUUAAUGGUCAAGCACCAGGCACUGAUAGAAGUACAAUAGAAAGUUACCUUUCAUUGAGUGAAUACAGGAAGGGUUCUUUUGAGUUCAAGGCGAUGCCCAUACCCAAUGACGCUCUUAUGUAUUCAGAUGCUUUUUGCUUACAAGAAGGUGUGAUUUCAAACAUGUCAUCCCCAUUAUCACCUUUGGCAUCAGAGAUUAUGUCUCCUCUUUCAAUUGAUGCUAUGUUAGAUACAAGGCCAAAGGAACAAGCAUCCAGUGAGCAAUUGGAGGCAAAACAGGAACAUGUUCCUCGAAUGUUUAAGCUUUCGUCAGUAUUGAUCCAUUUGGCUCUUUUUGGUAUUUUUGGGGUACUAUUGAGGUAUGGUUUGCAAGUGGUAUUUGGGCCCGAUGUUGCAGGGUUUACAGAUGAUCAUUCUCCUCUAUUUUAUAGUGACUUCCCAGCUAAUAUACUUGGAUCUUUCCUUAUGGGAUGGUUUGGGUUUGUGUUUAAACCCACCAUCUUGGAAUUCUCGGAGGAGUUAGCCCUCGGGCUUACUACGGGGUUCCUGGGAAGCCUCACCACCUUCAGCAGUUGGAUCCAGAAAAUGCUCACUUUAACAACCCAGGGGCGAUGGGUGUUUGGCCUUUUGGGCCUUCCAAUAGGCUUGUGGAUCACGAUUGGUGCAAUAAGGUCUGGCAUAGAGACUGGAAAGAAAUUAAGGCAAUUCAUGGACCAUGAAGGCCAUUACGAAACUUCUUGCUUUGAUGGGAAAUGUCGGGUUAAGAGCUGUAGGGAUAAGAUGGUCUCCUUUGGCAUUGUCCUGGUCAUGUUGGCCUUGGUAUUGGGGCUAAGCAUUUUCCUUACUUGCCAAAGGUCCAAGAAACUAGGGCUGGCUUGUUUGUUUGGCCCACUUGGUGUAUGGACUCGAUGGUUUCUUACUCGGUUUAAUGGUAGAGGCUUUGGGUCUAAUCAGCGCCUAAUGUGGAUUCCAUGGGGGACUUUACUUGCUAAUGUACUUGCUUCGGGGAUUAUGGCGUCUUUAUCCACAUUGAACAUAGCUGAAAAAACUGAACAUUAUCAGACUGUUAUAGAGGCUAUACAGCUUGGGUUCUUGGGCUGUAUGAGCACAGUCUCGACAUUUGUUGCAGAGGUUUAUUCCUUGGCUGAGAACGGCCAUGUUUGGAGAGCGUUCUGGUAUUCGAUUCUGAGUAUAGGAUUGUCAUUUGCUUUGGGGACUUUGGUCUAUUCUGUACCUGUUUGGACCAAGUGUUACUCUUUUACAGAUGGAAGGUGAGCCAUAGGAUUAUCACAAAACCAAUAAGAACUCUCUCUGCUACCUGGCGGAUGUCCAACGACUUCGCGGACCUGCUGGCGAAGGAGGGUGCUAGAAGACACGGCGAGGCAGCUCAAACUGGAUCCACAUUCUUUUUUACCAGUGAACCACUUUUUAUUUUUUGGGCCUUUUUUUUUGUUUUCCUCGUUGUUGUACACCUGAAGGGGGGCAAUUUUAUGCGGCCUUUCCAAGCCUCUUUUUGUAUAUCGUUUUCCAGGGGGAUAUCUUUUUACUGUAUAGGGGUUUUCGAUCUUCUUUAACCGGGGUUCCCGUCUAGUGGAUUCGCCUGGAGAAACAAUACUUUGUACUUCCCUUUCUCAGCAAUACAAAUGUUAACAUUAAAAACUC